GUGCCCCUCGCCUCCAAAUCAGGCUGGUGCCCCCACCCCGGCAACUCGGUGGGCCCGGGUCACAUUGGGGCUGCAGCUUGCCGGGGCCCACCGCCCCCGCCCCGCCGUCUCCUCUCCCUCCCCUCCCUCCGGGAGGGAGGAGGAGACUCGGCGGCCCUCCCUCGGCCCUCCCGGCGGAGGCCGCGGCAAGCCCCGUGCCCGCUCCGCCCAGCCGCGGCGGGUCGGACGUCCGGAGCCCGCGGGUCCCCGGCUGAGGUCCAAGGAAGAAGCGCCCCCCCACCCAGUGGCCAGGAGAGCGGUGGGGAGCAGUGGCCAUCAUGCACAGUCGUAUCGCCUCCGCCGGGCGUCCCCCGUGCCGCCCCUGAGUCCGGCCGGAGUUGGGACGCAGGGCCCGCCCGCGCGGCCGCACCAUGAGCCACGGGCCCAGCCCCCGGCUGGCCGAGUCCCCGCAGCUGUCCAAGGGCAGCCUCCUGACCAUCCUGGGCAGCCCCUCGCCGGAGCGCAUGGGGCCGGCCGACUCGCUGCCGCCCACGCCGCCCAGCGGCACGCCCUCGCCGGGGCCGCCGCCCGCUCUGUCGCUGCCGUCCGCGCCCGCGCUGCUGGCCGACGGGGACUGGGAGAGCCGCGAGGAGCUGCGGCUGCGGGAGUUGGAGGAGGCGCGCGCGCGGGCGGCGCAGAUGGAGAAGACGAUGCGCUGGUGGUCCGACUGCACCGCCAACUGGCGCGAGAAGUGGAGCAAGGUGCGCGCCGAGCGCAACCGCGCGCGCGAGGAGGUGCGCCAGCUGCGCCAGCGCCUGGACGCGCUCACCAAGGAGCUGGCGGGCGCGCGGCGCGAGCGCCAGGAGGCGCAGGGCGAGUGCGAGGCUCGGGGCCGCGAGCUUGCGCGGCUGCGCGGCGCCCGGGGGAACGCCGACAGGACGCCGGACGGGCCGGAGCCCGAGCGGGAGCAGGAGCCGGUGCGCGACGUCGGGUCGGAAGUGCCCCAGGGCAGCCAGGAACUGGAGCUAGUGGAGAGCCUGCUGAAGAGCAGACCAGAGGAGCCCGAGGGCUGCUGGGAGGCACGCAGCGUGGGGGCCGGGGGCCCACGGGGCAGCUCAGGCCGCCAGGAGCGCAGCCGGCUGCCCUGGGAAGACACAGCCACCAUCGAAGAGGGUGCAUCCAAGUUGACCGCCCUGCGGCUGCGGCUAGAUGAAUCCCAGAAGGUGCUACUCAAGGAGCGAGAGGAUAAACUGGCACUGAGCAGGAACAUUGAGAAGCUGGAAGGGGAGCUCAGCCAGUGGAAGAUCAAGUAUGAGGAGCUGAACAAGACCAAGCAGGAGAUGCUCAAGCAACUCAGCAUCCUGAAGGAGGCCCACCAGGACGAGCUGGGUCGCAUGUCCGAAGACCUGGAGGACGAGCUGGGUGCGCGGUCCAGCAUGGACAGGAAGAUGGCUGAGCUGAGGGGUGAGAUGGAGCGGCUGCAGGCGGAGAACGCAGCCGAGUGGGGUCGCCGUGAGAGGCUGGAGACCGAGAAGCUGGGCCUGGAACGGGAAAACAAGAAGCUGCGGGCGCAGGUCGGGGACCUGGAGGAGGCGCUGGCCCGGCGGCGGAGGCAGACAGCCAGCGCUCUGGACUGUGACCUGCGGGCCAGCCAGGCUGCGCUUUUCGAGAAGAACAAGGAGCUGGCAGACCUGAAGCACGUGCACGGCAAGCUGAAGAAACAGUUCCAGGAGAAGGUGGCAGAGCUGGCACACGCCAACCGGCGGGUGGAACAGCACGAGGCAGAGGUGAAGAAGCUGCGGCUGCGGGUGGAGGAGCUCAAGAAGGAGCUGGCCCAGGCCGAGGACGAGCUGGACGAGGCCCACAACCAGGCACGGAAGCUGCAGCGGUCGCUGGACGAGCAGACGGAGCAGAGCGAGAACCUACAAGUGCAGCUGGAACAUCUGCAGUCCAGGCUCCGAAGGCAGCAGCAGAACGCCCCCCUCUUCGGGAAGAUCCGAAGCGCUCGCUUCGGCACUGAGGAAGCCGGGGACGGAGCCAGCGACCUGGAUGAGGAUGAGGACCUGCAGAUCCAGGUGGCCUAGAGCUCCCAGGGCCGGACAGGACUGGCCCGUGGCCACAGGCCCCUGGGUGCCUAAGCGGACUGGCCGCUCGGACUGGUGCAGCCACCCGUGUUCCCCGCCACGGCUGACUUCCUCCUCUCCCAGGGUGGGGGUCGACCGUCCCACCCUAGCAACACCUCUUGGAAGGGAAGCCAUCGCCUGUGUUUUAUACAUGUAUAUUUUAUGUAUGUGCGUGGGGUCCUUGGACCCAUCUGAUGUUAUAAAAACAGGACCGCUCCCGGGCCCGGUCUCCACACCCCCAUCCACCCAGGACCUUCAUGCAGGGGCGAGGGGGAUGGCGAGGGGGGCUGUUGGGGCCUCGACCCAGGCUGCCUCUCUGAAGCUUGGGGGUCAGGUGGAGCUGUUUAUAGUACAAUGUGAUAAACUCAGCCUUUUGUAAUAAACCGAGUUUGGGUUCUCAGGGCAGAGUCCUGAGAGUGUGGCAGAUGUGGGCAGCUGGUGUAGGGGACAGCACCAGCCUGCACCUGACACCUAGCCCGAGCUCAGGAAUGUCAAGCUACGUAACGAAUGACUGAAUACGCAAAAGAAUGAAUGAAUGAACAUCUGAGCUGCUAAAUGGUCGGGAAUCCGGCUCCCAUGACGGGGAGGAAGAGGUACAGUGUGUGUCUAAUCUGAGAAGAAGAGACUUCCAUUCUGCUCCGGAUGGAUUCAGAUCUCUGCCUCUGCCCCUUCCUGGCUAUGCAGCCAUGGGGAAGUACCUGACCUCUCUGAGCCUCGGUUUCUCCAUCUGUAAAUUAGACAUCUCAUACAGCUAUCGUGAGAAUAAGAUGAGUUCAUCUGGAGCUCAGUAAAGGUUAGUCCUUAUUGAAAUACGUGAAGGUAUGCGCCAGAGAGGAGGGAUUUGCCCGCUGGGUUCUGCCGCAUGGGAUGAAGUUCAGGUGACCAGAGGUAGGUGUAAACACAAUAAAUAAUAAAUCCUUGUAUCUUUACCCCA